AUGCUGCUCGUAGCUGUUUUAUUUUUGCUUGCAUCUUUCCUGAGGAUUGUCUCAGGCUCAGAUUGGUGCUACCAGUCCCAAGUCACAUGCAAUCACACCUGUGCAGGUCCAGAGACAUGGGGACUUGUGGCUCAGAAUUGCAGCGGCAGAUCUCAGUCUCCUGUUAACAUCGUGACGAGGAGAGCACUUCAAGAUGAACGCCUCACUCCUCUUUACCUCACAGGCUUUCAAGAGACUUUUCAUAGCCACAUCAUGAACACCGGACACGGUGUUAAACUGGAUUUGCCCAGCAAUAUGAGGAUCCACGGAGGAAUGCUACCUGCCACGUACAAGGCCAUUCAACUUCACCUGCAUUGGGGCAAAGAUGGAGGGCCGGGUUCUGAGCACUUAAUCGAUGGAGAACAAUUCCCAAUGGAGAUGCAUAUUGUUCAUAUAAAAGAAAAAUAUGUCUCCUUAUCUGAGGCCGUCACAGACCGCACAGGUGUGGCUGUGCUUGGAUUCUUCUUUCAGGAGUCUGAAUUUGUAAAUAAGAAAUUUGGUCCCAUUAUAAAGGCUCUGAAAUACAUCCAACAACCCAACAACAGCACUACACUGAGGGGGGUGUCGCUGGACAUGUUCACUCCGCCGCAGAAAAACAUGACCAAGUACUUUCGCUAUGACGGUUCCCUCACUACACCGGACUGUGCUGAAGCUGUCGUCUGGACUGUGUUUGAAGACACUAUUCCUCUGAGCAGGCAACAGCUCACUGCCUUCUCCCAGCUCCAGUUCUCUGAUGGAAAGCCAAUGGUCAGAACCUACAGACCAGUGCAGCCCUUGAAUGAGAGGCAGGUGUAUUACUCCAGAGGCCAUGUGGCAGCAGUGAGCACUGUGUUACUCAUACUGGCAGCGCUGGUUCCCAGUGCACUCUCCCUGCAAACCACAGCAUGA